UGUAUGUUCUCUGCAUGACUGUGUAGGUUUUUACCAGGUGCUCCGGUUUCCUCCCACACUCUAGUCGUACAAGUUUGUAGAUUAAUUGGCUUUGGUAAAAAAUGUAAAUUGUCUCUAAUGUGUAGGAUAAUUUCACACAGAGAGUUGUGAGUCUGUUGAAUUCUCUGCCUCAGAGGGCGGUGGAGGCCAGUUCUCUGGAUACUUUCAAGAGAGAACUAGAUAGGGCUCUUAAUGAUAGCGGAGUCAGGGUAUAUGGGGAGAAGGCAGGAACGUGUUACUGAUUGGGGAUGAUCAGCCAUGAUCACAUUGAAUGGCGUUGCAGGCUUGAAGGGCAAAUGGCCUACUCCUGCACCUAUUGUUUAUUGUUUAUUGAUAAUGCUAGUGUAUGGAGAUCAUUGGUUACCACAGACUUGAUGGGCUGAAGGGCCUGUUUCUGCACUGUAUCUCCAAACAAAACUAAAAACUAAACAAGGAAAAGGAUGUGGAGCAUAGUGAAGUCAUUGUUGGAUAUACUCAUUUUGAGAUUAAAGUGUUGGAACUUUUGAUGAGCCCUGAGGUGGAUAAGUUCCCAGGGCCUGAUUGUGUAUCUAUCCCACAUUGUGUAUGGUUUGAUUUGGCUGGAUAGCACGCAAAAUAAAGUUUCAUACUGUUUCUAGGUACACAUGGCAACAAUACACCAUACCAAUAUCAUGAUCGAACCCUGGAGCUUAGAUCUGCUCCGCAGAGUGUCACCACUCACCUCGACAUAAUUGAGUUGGCCGUGGUUACUUUGAGAAGUACCUGUAUUACUCAUGUUGAAAACAAAAUCAUGGCUUUCAAGAUUACUAAUUAAAAAUUUGCAUAUAACUGGACCUUAUUCUUUCAUUUUAAAUGUCAAUCAAAAAAAACCAUCCAAGGAAGAUUCUGAGUAAAAUGCUCCCACUGUUAUGAAAUAGCUACGUUUUAAUGGUACAACCCUCCCCUGUGGCAAUGCAAUAUAUAGCUCCCUGCUUCCUGGGUACUGACAGUACUGUCAGAUUAUUCUUUUCACUGCACUUACCUUCCCGUAAAGGUCUGCAGUUCUGGAGUUGGGAAAUAUUUUAAAGGCUUCCCCAACUGUAUGACAUGAGUCUGCCAAGUAGUCAAGGUAGUAUAGCCAGCAGCAAUGGAAGCGGACAGGACGUGCAGUGUGUUGUACACAGCGAAAACCUGAUCCUCUUCUGCAAUGAUUGUGUGGAGUGUGUGUGUCCGCGAUGUUUGGUGGGGAACAAGCAUAAGACGCACAGUUUCUCACCCUUUGAGGAGGCUUGCAAGGAACAAAAAUCACAGAUCAUAAAGAAAGUAAAAGCUCUGAGGAAGAUUCACGACAAAGUCAAGAAGGACACGGACCGUAUUUCCAUAACUCUACAGGAUAUUGAGCGUAUUGUCUCAAAAACUAAAGCGUCCGUUGAGGAAAAAUACAACAUAAUUAAGGAGCUGUUGGAAAAUGACAAGAGAACUACAAUAGGCCUGAUUGAAGCAGAGGCCUUGUCCAUGGAGACCCAGAUUACCAUGCAGCGAGUGGACAAAGAAGCAUACAAGGAUGCCAUCACUUCCAUAAUGGAACGAGUCGAUGAAAUGAACUGCACCGCAGAUUCUGAAAAUGUACAGACACUGCAGGAAUUCAUGAGUUGGAAGACACGUCUUGAAACGUUUGAAGAUUUGCAAAUGUCAUUUGGUAAAGAACUGCCAGUGGAGAACAAAAGACUGAAAUCACUGGAACGAUCAGUGGAUGAGCUGCACCAGGCCGUGAAGAAGCUGCUGCCACGGAUGUGGGAAUUUAUGAGGAAUAUUACCUUCAAUGAAAAUACAGCACACAGAAAUCUCAUGAUAUCAAGGGAUCUGACUUCAGUACAGUACACACCUACACGCAGCAGUGUCCAUGAUAAUUCAGAUCGUUUUGAAAACAUUUUCAAUGUCGUAUCAAAUGAGAGCUUCUCAUCUGGAAAACACUAUUGGGAGGUGAAUGUGAGGAACAAGAGUGAGUGGAACAUUGGUGUUACAUAUCCGUCUAUUAACAGGAAAAGCAAAAGCAAGGAAUCCAUUCUUGGCAAGAACAAGAAUUCAUGGUCCCUGCGGAUGGUUGACAAAGAAUACUAUGCAUUUCAUGCUGAUGAGUCAAUUUUGCUUGAUCUGAGCAGUGGGGACCAAAACUCUGAACGCUUGGGAAUAUUUAUAGAUUAUGAAGAGGGGCGCUUGUCUUUCUACAAUGUUCACCGUGGCAUCCACAUUCAUUCCUUUAAAACAAAGUUCCGGAAACCAGUAUAUGCUGCGUUCAGUCCCGUUUCAUCCUCACGUUCAAAAGAUUAUGAACCAAUUGGGUUGUGCAAUUCAUGUGUGAAAAUUAAGGAACUUUCCAGCAUAGACGAAAUAGAAUUUUAAAAAUGGGAAUCCUGAUUAACAUUGGAAUAGCUGCUUGGAAAUCAGUUUACAUUGUAUUCUGAAGUUUUGGGUUUUUAAGCGCUUCGGUGGAAUUAUAGUUUUAAAAUUUAUGACCAAUUACUAUUGUUCUGGCUAUUUCUCGUGUAUUUUGGCUUAAUGCUGAAUGUUUUAUAUUCCUCAAGACUAAAAUGCACCAAUUGAAGAAUAUAAGAAUAUAUUCCUCGUUUAUUUCCAAGUUCAUACAGGGGAUUUAAUAUAUGUAUUGAGAGGUAGCUGUCAAAGUUUCUCCAGAGAUGCUGCCUGACCUGAUGAGUUACUCCAGCACUUUGUGUGUUUUUGUAAACCAGUGUCUGUAGUUCCUUGUUUCUAUAUCAAAGUUUCAUAUAAAUUACAAAACAAUUGUUUUUGUUCAAUGUCAUCAUGUGUCACCUGUCUUAUUCAUCUUUAGCUAAUAGGAAGUACCAUCAUUGGCUUACAAAACCAUCAUUAAUUAUUUUUCUUAGUAUGUCAGAGAGAUUGAUUUCAAG